GGACUUUUCCCUAUUUAUUUUCUCCACUUCUUCUUCUUCGACAUUGCUCCUUCGAAGCUCUCUCUCUCUCCUUCUCCGGCACUGUGUAGGGUUGCAACUCUUCAUUCUUGCGACCUUGUCUCCCUCAUUUGGUGGAACUUCUGAGUGUAUUAUUCGCUAUACAUGGAAUUGUGGGAUCAACUCUUUCUCAUCUCAAGCAAUAUAUUCCGAGCUUAUUCUAGGAAGCCAAAGAAAAAGAAAAGACGAGGACAAGUGUGAAAACUAGUGGAAAAUGGACGAGCAGCCACAACAACCGAACCCAAGUGAGCGAAAGCAGUCUCUUGUUGAACCACAAGCACAGCAGCAGCCAGCUCUUCAUCAGAGCGACGCAGACGAAGACGAUGAGAACGUAAAGCAGCUCAAUGAGUGUUCCUCUCUCUACUUGUCCUUGCAGGACUGUCUUAUUAAAACUGACAGGAAUUGGAAAUCUUGCCAGAUAGAAGUUCAAGCUUUGAAGGCAUGCAAUGAAAGAAGAAAAAGAAAAUGACAGAGAAAUUAGGGUUUUGCUUAGAAGGGCUAAACUCUGCAGAUUGCCAUCUUUACCAUAUGUAUGAAGUUUUGGUUUAUGUAGUUGAUUGAGCAUGACCAUCUCCGAUGUUCUUUGAGUUAAAAGUUUUUGUUGAUGAUUCUUCAACAACAUCAUAUGGUGAUAGAUUUCUCUAACCACUUUGUUUUCUCAGAAUCACAGACAGUUUGCUAGAUUGUAUUCAGUUCAAAAGGCAAUUUAAAGGAGCAAUGAGAAAAUACUUGAGUAUU